AUGUACAUUUUGAUUAUGUUUAGGGCAUUCUAUUCUUUAGUGCAUGACUUGCAAUUGUUGUCCAUAGAUGUCGAUAAUAGUGGACAGAUCACUCUUGAGGAACUAAAGAAUGGUUUGGAAAAGGUAGAUGCAAAUCUCAAGGAUUCCGAAAUAAGUGGACUAAUGCAAGCGCAGCAAUAUAGAGAGCAAAAUUUUAAAAAAUAUUCAGAAUUGAUUUCAUAUCUUCUAGUAGCUGAGCAGAAUAAUGAACUUUUGAUGAAAAAUCAUGAAUCUCGCCCAACUGGGUCCACUCCAUUCCUUGAAGUGAAUGCUACAAUUGUUGACAAUCAUAAUUAUAGUUGUAGUCGUGAUCAUAAUCGAAGUAAUAGACGUGGUCGUGACCAUAAUCAAAGUCGUGGUCGUGGUCGCGAUCGCGGUCGAAGCAAUGUUUGGCAUCCAUUUGCAAGAUUGCUUGCUCAAAUAAUCCGAUUACGAGCACAAUUCCCAGACUAUGCAAUCAAGACAAUCCGUCUUGAUAAUCCUGGUGAAUUUACAUCACAGGCUCUUAAUGAUUAUUGUAUGUCAAUAGGGAUAAAUGUUGAACAUCCUGUUGCUCAUGACGUGAGUAAUAUUCGAGAAGUUUCUGAUCAUCAGGAGGUGUUUGUGGAUCCUUCCCGGGAUGAAAGUUUGAUCUUUGAGAUAUUAGAAUUGAAGGAAGAAGUUGGUGAUGAUGGAAGUGCGUCAUGGUUUCUUCAAGACCUUGCCUCUGAACAAGAAUCUGAAGGCUGCGUGAUUGUUUAUGGUUUUAUUUUGAAAGGAUUAUCCAAUUUGUUUCAUAUAAAUAGAGAGGUUGUGGCUGAACUAAAGGCUGCUGGUGCCACUUGGAUUCAGUUUGAUGAGCCCACCCUUGUGAAGGAUCUUGAUUCUCACCAAUUACAAGCAUUUACUCGUGCCUACUCAGAACUAGAGUCAUCUUUGUCUGGUUUGAAUGUUAUAAUUGAAUCAUAUUUUGCUGAUGUUCCUGCCGAGGCAUACAAAACACUUACCUCUCUAAAGGGUGUAGCUGGGUAUGGCUUUGACCUUGUGAAUGAGACUAAGUUAGAUGCGGAGAUCAAGUCAUGGCUUGCAUUUGCUGCUCAAAAAGUAGUUGAAGUAAAUGCCCUGGCUAAGGCAUUGUCUGGGCACAAGGAUGAGGCUUUCUUUGCUGCCAAUGCAGCAGCUCAAGCUUCAAGAAAAUCUUCCCCUAGGGUAACAAAUGAGCAUGUUCAAAAAUCAGCUGCUGCUUUGAAGGGCUCUGACCUCCGUCGAGCAACAAAUGUGAGUGUCAGGCUGGAUGCCCAGCAGAAAAAGUUGAGCCUUCCCGUUCUUCCAACUACCACAAUUGGAUCCUUCCCUCAGACCAUGGAUCUCAGAAGAGUCCGUCGUGAAUACAAGGCUAAAAAAAUCUCCGAAGAAAAUUAUGUCAGUGCGAUCAAGGAGGAGAUUAACAAAGUUAUCAAGCUCCAAGAAGAACUCGACAUUGAUAUCUUAUUAAACUUCUCCUUUGUCAAUCAGAGGAAUGAUAUGGUUGAGUACUUUGGAGAGCAAUUAUCUGGCUUUGCCUUCACUGUGAAUGGGUGGGUUCAGUCUUAUGGAUCUUGCUGUGUCAAGCCACCUAUCAUCUAUGGUGAUGUUAGUCGCCCUAAGGCCAUGACAGUCUUUUGGUCCUCAUUAGCUCAGAGUUUGACUAAGCGCCCAAUGAAAGGAAUGCUCACUGGUCCUGUAACUAUUUUGAAUUGGUCUUUCGUUAGAAAUGAUCAACCAAGGUCUGUGACCUGCUAUCAAAUUGCUUUGGCGAUUAAGGAUGAAGUUGAGGAUCUUGAAAAGGCCGUGGUGUGUAUGACAUCCACUCACCAAGGAUCCCAUCUGCAGAAGAAAUCGCUGACCGGAUCAAUAAGAUGCUUGCUGUCUUGGAGACUAACAUUCUGUAAAUGUAGAAGUUUUUGAAAUGCUCAAUGGAGAGCCUUGAUGUUGCAUUUUAUCAUAUAUCCUCUUGUAUCUGUUUUUUCCUUACAUGUUUCUACAUGGAAGAAUUGAUUGGAAAGAAGUGAAGAAUGAAAAGAAUAUUAAUACUCAA